AUGGGUACUCGAUUUAAAGGCGACACCAAAGACCCGGCAGUCAAUGUCACCAAUUGGGUUCUUUUGGUUACCAUCAUUUUCAGUGUUUCGGCUCGGCUUGGAACGAAGUAUCGAUUGUUCCGCAAACUCACAAUUGAUGAUCUUCUGAUCAUUUCGUCUCUGGUCUUCGGCAUCGGGCAGAGUAUUGUCAUUUCUCUGGCGGUCGGAUCCGGCUAUGGGAAGCAUUUCAGGCAUGUCUCCAACGCCGAAUUCGACCAAGUGAUGAAGAGCCUCUAUGCGGGGUCUUUUCUAUAUAUCUUGAGCCUGAUGUUCUCGAAACUCUCGCUGGCGGUGUUUAUCCGAAGUCUCACACCUGCCUCUAAGGACAAAUGGCUCGCUCGAGGCGUCGAGGCCAUUGUUUAUCUCUGGGCGACCGUUGCCAUCUUUGGCUCUGCGUUUCAAUGCUCCCCGGCACGAGCGUGGGAUUUCUGGAACGGCCAGUGCUUCAACGUGCUGGCAUGGCGCUACUUCAUUUGCAUCUCGAACAUCGUCACCGACUUGUUGAUCUUCGGACAAGCAUUGAUGCUGGCAUCCAGCAUCCAGACAUCCCUCGAGCGACGCCUGAUCUUUGCCGCACUCGACCUCGACCUCGAACUCAUUGGUCUCUCGUAUAGGGUGGUGAUUGCCAGCAUCGUCGAGAUCGCAUUCAUCAAACGAGCCACACACACCAACGACCCGACCUACAGAAUGUGCGAGCUCACCAUUUUCGAGACCAUCAUCCAGUGUCUGAGCAUCGUGACCGCCUGCUGGGGUCAACUCAAACCCUUCCUGUCGUGGAUGCGAUCGAACGGCCUCAAAAUCCAGGGCGUCGAGGACCCGACCACGUGGAACUACAAGAUGAGCUCGCGGUCGCAAACCCGGUCCAAGUCCCGAGAUCGCAGGGACCGGACUCCGAUCCGCGACCAGAUCCUCGUCACUCAAGACUGGGAGGUCGACAGCCAGUCGAGCGGGGCGCAUAUCAUCCCAGAGACCCACCCGUGGCCCGAAGGCCAGCGAUCCUUGGAUGGCCAGCGAUCGCCCGAUCAACUGAGCUAA